GUGCUUGCUGAGUCCAAUCCUGGCCGAUACGGCUUCCUCUGGCGCUGGUUUGAUGAGGUCUAUGUCCUGCUGGAUUUGCUGCUCCAGCACCACUACCUGUCCAGGUGCAGCGCCUCCUUUUCUGAAAACUUCUAUAGCCUGAAGAGGGUACCGAUGGGAGAUCACAGACAGCAAACCCUGGCCACUGCUGGCCUGCCAAAGAGCCAGCACUGGAAGUCUCUCCUCUUGCUGGUUCUUGCUCCUUACCUGAAAGGCAAACUGGAGAAACUAGUAUCCAGCCUGAGGGAAGAGGAUGAGUACUCCAUCCACCCUCCGUCGUCAUCCUGGAAGCGCUUUUACAGAGCCUUUCUAGCUGCCUACCCCUUUGUAAUCAUGACCUGGGAGGGCUGGUUCCUUAUCCAGCAACUGUGCUAUAUCCUCGGGAAGGCUCAGCAUCAUUCACCCAUGCUGCGGCUGGCUGGCAUUUGCCUUGUCAGACUGACUGCAGAGGAUAUCCAGGCCCUGGAGAAGAAAUUCACUGGAGCCACCUCAAGUCAAACACAGAGCAUUAAAACACAAGUGCUGUCAGCAGUGAGGAAAGCAUUGAGUGGCAUUGCCUUCUCCCUGUCCACCGGGCUGUCCGUCAGCGUCUUCUUUCUCCAGUUCCUGGACUGGUGGUACUCCUCAGAAAACCAGGAGACGAUCAAAUCUCUGACAGCACUCCCAACUCCUCCACCCCCCAUGCACCUUGACUACGGGGCCGGCUCAGCUCUCUUACCCAAACUGAAGACCGUGUGCCCUCUGUGCCGCAAAAUUCGUGUCAACGCCACAGCCCUGUCCACCUCCAGCUACGUGUUUUGCUACCGCUGCGCGUACAGUUACGUGAAGACUCACCAGCGCUGCCCGAUCACAGGCUACGCCACAGAGCUGCAGCACCUUGUCAAACUGUACUCUCCCGAGAGCUGAAAGGCCUGCCCCGUGCUUCCGGAGAGACACGGCUCUGUGGCUAGCGGCUGGGUAG